AUGACCCGCACCGGAUUCGACUUUGCCCACCACGCAAGGAACAACUUCCUAGGACAGCGCCUCCAGGGCGUCCCCAAGGCCACUUCGACGGGUACCACCAUCGUCGGGGUCAUCUACGGCGGCGGAGACUCGGGAGACGAACCCGGAGUAUGCCUUGGUGCUGAUACACGAGCCACCGGUGGGCCUAUCGUGGCCGACAAGAACUGUGAAAAGAUCCACUACCUUGCGCCUCAUAUCAGAUGUUGCGGUGCUGGUACUGCCGCCGACACCGAAUUCGUCACCAACCUCAUCUCUUCAAACCUCGAACUUCAUGCCUUGUCCCAAGGCCGUCAAGCUCGUAUCGUCACAGCCAUGACCAUGCUCAAACAGUACCUCUUCCGAUACCAAGGACACGUCGGUGCGCACCUCGUCCUCGGCGGCGUCGACGCCACUGGUCCUCAGCUCUUUACCGUCCACGCCCAUGGAUCCACCGAUAAACUGCCUUAUGUCACUAUGGGCAGUGGUAGUCUGGCCGCUAUGGCGGUCUUUGAGAGUAGCUUCAAGGAGAACAUGACUAAACAAGAGGCGAUUGACCUGGUGGCGAGGGCUAUUGAGAGUGGUAUUUGGAACGAUCUUGGAUCAGGUUCCAAUGUCGAUGUCGCCGUGAUCACCAAGGCCGGUACCGAAAUGCUCCGAAACUACCAAACUCCCAACGAGCGAGGCACCAAAUCCCGCAACUACAUCUUCCGCCGCGGUACAACAGCCUGGACGAAAGAGUCUAUCCGCAGCUUGAUUGUCAAGGAGGAGAUCAAGUCGACGAGUGGGGCGGGGAAGGAACAGCCGGGUGUGGAGGUGCAGGGUGUCGCGACCGCCGCUGGGGCUGGGGGUGGGGAUGGGAUGGAGAUUGACAGCUAG